AUGCAGCUUGACUCGAAGUCUUUCAAUCUUGUUGAUUAUAUCCCGUCUACUCUUGACUCUCUGUGGAUUUACGGGCUCGAAGAACCCGUGGAUAGGAGUACUCCCUAUCUCGAUUACGAAUCGGAUAUAGAUGUCAAUGUCCAAAUUGAGCAACUGGCGCAUGAGAAAGAUGCCAAACUGCCAGGGCUGAGGAGUGACGGCCUUGAUCCUCGUAUUCCAAACGGCAGGACUGUAGAUGAACGGGCGGAUGAAGAUGGCCUAGAACUUUUUGGAAAGACCUAG